AUGGUGCCUGCUAAUCUAGGAAGCACGUUAGGAUACACUUCUUCUAUAGGUUUGAGUUUAGAUGACCAGUUCUUAUAUGUAGGAGCGAGAUCAUUGGGAAUAUUAAUAUAUAAUAUCUAAGAUCCUUUGAAUCCACAAUUCUUUUAGCAGCUUUAAUUAACUGGAUAGUCUUUUUCUAUAGCAUUAUCUCCGAAAUAAAAUGUGAUUUCUAACACAACAUUUGACAAUCAAUUUAUUUACUAUUCUAAUUCUUUAUCAGUGGCUAUUUAUUAAAAAUAGAAACCUUCCCUUUUUAACAAUAUUCCAAAUUUAUUCAAUGCUUAACAAUCACAAUUUUUUAUUGAAGGAACUGCAGUUUCUAAAUGGAGAUGCGCUAUUUCUUCAAAUAAUAAAUACUUCUUAGGAGGCUUAGAUGCAGAUGGACUUUCAAUUUUUGAAAUAAAAGUCAAUUCAUACACAAAAUCAACUCCAUCGACCAUGCAGAUCAAAUAUUAAUUUUCUGAUACAUAAUAAUAAAUUUUAAGGACUAAUUAAUUGAGAGUAUUUGGGCCAGAUGAAUCAAUACCUUUAGGAUUCUAUGUUGAUAAUAUUUAUUUCUCUAAGGAUGGUUAAUAUAUUUACUUUGCUGCAUAAUAAUCUACUAUAAAUGUAAUAGCCUAUAAGUUUAAAGUUAUAAUAUCUCCUGAUGGAGAAUAUUCUUUUGAAUAUGUUAAAGGACUACACUACGAUUAGGUCUACUAUUGUGAAGAGAUGAAUUUCAGUGAAGAUGAGUAGCAUGCUGUAAUGUCCUUUGAUGUUGGAAUAGUUUUGGUAGAUAUGAUUAAAUUUGAGGUAAUUUCUAUGUACACUAAUUAAGGCAUUAUUGGAACUUGUUGUGGAGCAGUUUUAUCACAUGAUAAGAAACAUGCGCUUGCAGUUGUCAGAAAUGUUGGACUUUUUAUUUAUGACACCUCUGAUAUGGCUAAUCCUAAAAUGGUAAAUUAAUGGAGGACGAAUGGCGGUGAAACAUUAUUGCGUUCUUAAGUAAAUUAAAUAAUUUACUUUUUGGAUGGAUUUAAUGGUAUGAUUUUGCUAGAUUCAACUAAGUUACCUGAAAUAGUAGUUAUUGAUAUGGAAUAAUUUCUACAAUGGACUCUGGUACUUUAACCUUGA